GAUGGUGGGCUAUGACCCGGAUGAUCAGCGCAAGGUCCUGCCACCAGAGAAGGCCGCCUUAGCGGGGUCGCUGUCCGGCAUGGUGACCCGAGCCAUGAUCAGCCCCCUGGAUGUCAUCAAAAUUAGGUUCCAGCUUCAGAUCGAGAAGCUCUCAUCCCAGAGCAAGCAGGGAAAGUACUGGGGCCUGCGGCAGGCGUCACGCCGCAUCCUGUCAGAAGAGGGCGCCACUGCCUUUUGGAAGGGUCAUGUCCCUGCCCAGCUGCUGUCGAUCUGCUACGGGGCUGUCCAGUUUACCAGUUUCGAGCUCCUGACGGAGCUGGUGCACAAGAGCACCUCCUACCACAGCCAGAUGCCAGCGGUGCACUUCGUGUGCGGGGGUCUGUCAGCCUGCUGCGCCACCGUGGCCUGCCAGCCGCUGGACACUCUGCGGACGCGCUUUGCCGCUCAGGGGGAGCCGCGGGUGUAUCGCAGUCUCCGCCACGCGACGGUCACCAUGUACCGCAAGGAGGGCGUUCUGACUUUCUACCGCGGCCUGGUACCGACUCUGGUGGCCAUCUUCCCCUACGCUGGCCUGCAGUUCUUCUUCUACAACAUCCUGAAGGACGUCCUGUUGGUCCAGUCCAAAGAAGCCAAUUCUACAGGUAGCUUCCGGAAAUUGCUGUGUGGAAGCUGUGCUGGUGUCAUCAGUAAGACCAUCACAUAUCCCUUUGACCUCAUCAAGAAGAGACUGCAGGUCGGGGGCUUUGAAGAGGCCAGAGCUCCGUUUGGACAGGUUCGGUCUUACCAGGGAUUCACGGACUGCGUGGUGCGGAUCGCCCGGGAGGAGGGUCCUCGGGCGUUUUUUAAAGGGCUCUCCCCCAGUUUAGUAAAAGCUGCAUUAUCUACUGGAUUCACAUUCUUCUGGUAUGAGCUCUUCUGUGGCCUGCUGAGUAACCGGAAUGGGAAGCAGUAAAGUGUUGGAUUCUGGGAUACGGGGGGGGAUAUAGGAAAGGGACAGAGCACUAACCUUUGGAAAGGAGGAGGAGCCUGAAUCAUGCACACAGGAUGGACAAUUCUCACUCCUGUCCAUCCAGUUCUAUGGGUCAAAAUAUGGCAGCUUUACAGCCAGUUUACAUGCAACAGGAAGGAAUUGUGUUACGCCUGUAUUAGCAGUCCAGUGCAGGUUAGUCCUGGAAAGACGCACAAGGCUUUGUACGUAGUUUACGUCUUCUCUUCUGUCUUGUAUCUUUCGGCCAGCAGGGGGGGCCUAUUUUUCAGUGCAGCGCUCCUUAUGUUUUAACCAAAAUUGCUCCCAUGUGGAGACCGAAUCUCUGACGCUACAACAGAACAGCCAGGAAGUAUGUAGCGUCUUAGCAUGAAAUGUCACUGAGCGAAUAUUUAAACGUGAGCAUUGGGUAUGCCUUGCUUUUUAUGCUCUGCGGCAACUCUAAAGAAUACAUACUUUUCCAAAUCGCUUUUCACAGCAUUUAUAUAUCUAGCAACUAUGUAAGUAUGGAAGCAUGUAUUAUAUAAUCUGAUUUAUUUUUUAAUUUUCUCAUUAGAAUGUUUUAUCGAUGGUGGGACUUUAGACGAGACACUUGGCAGUUAAAUAUGGCUCGUGGGAAUAACUGUUGUCGUACUUAGCUACUACUCAGAAACCAUUACUGCCUAGUGCUGAAGAUGCAUUGCACAGCAAUUAAGAGGAACCGUCCAACCGUUAAAAACUUUACUUAAAAAAAAGGUUUGAACAUGUUUCACUUGAUAACAGAGCUGCUAUAAAAAUAGUUUAUCCUGAGAUCCAUUUUUUACCUUCUGUGGUUAAUGUCUUUACAGUGUGGUUCGGGAUAAAAUGUAACUCCAGGAAAGUUUGGAAGUUUGGAUUUUUUUUUUUUAAUUGACAAGUCAAAUGUAAGAAAUUUAUUCAUGAAAUAAUCAUGAUAAAGGUGACAUCAGACCGAAUGUAUCUAAUUUAAAAUGUAUACCCUCCAAGGUUUUAACUUAAGGUUUUAUUUUACAAGAUUAUAAUAAUCACAAUUUUUAUUUACAACUUAAUGCAGCAGUAGGUGGAUUUGACAGUGCAGAGGUUGGAUAUUAUGAAAACUAAUUUAAUGUUGGUAAAAAGUAAUUUGCUGGUCAUUUUGUAUCUAAGAUUGGCCUAUUAUUAUGACUUAUGAUUAUAAUAUUUUGUUUAAAAGUCCAGUGUAAUCUGCUUUUGUAAGGAUGCUGAUAAUUGUCUUAUACGGUGCAAAAGUCUUAGGCAGUAAAAGGAAGCUAUUUGCCUGGAUACUAAGUGUAUUUGCUCAUCACAAAAAAACACACAAUUUAACAUUCUAACCUAAUUAUAUAACCUGAAAAUUAAAAGUAACACAACAAAAAGUAACAAGAGCAACUUGUAUUUUCUAAGAGGUUACUGACAUCUAGAUGGCUAGAUGAACACCGCUUCAGUUCCCAAACCUCUCCUCGGGGGCACCCUAGCCGCUCAAUGCAUUUAAGUUUCACGACCAGCUCUGUUAAGUAUGUAAAUUGCAGUUUAAAAGCCAGUGAGGUAUUGAUUCGCCAAAGGAAGUGAAGUGUGCUUGUGGCUGAGUCAAAAAACACAUUGGUGUAUUUGGCCACAAAUACUGGGGUGAAUUUAGGAGAGGUUUUGAAAUGGUUAAGCUGAUGCACUUUGACAGACAUAAGUUUACACGAACAUGAAGAUAAUUUAUACAUAAUUUGACUGCCUAAGUCUUUUGCAGAGCACCGUACUUCACCAAAGAAUAUAACAGAAGAAUAUUGUAACCUUUUAACAACCAGUAAUGCCCCAAAUGGCAAACUCUAUGUUUUAUAAAAUGUCGAUGACAACCUGACAAUAGGGGGUGGCAUGGUGGUGCAGUGGUUAGCACUGUCGCCUCACACCUCUGGGACCCGGGUUCAAGUCUCCGCCUGGGUCACAUGUGUGUGGAGUUUGCAUGUUCUCCCCUUGUACUCCUCCGGGUACUCCGGUUUCCCCCCACAGUCCAAACACAUGCUGAGGCUAAUUUUGUUACCUUUUACGGAGUGAACUCCACUUGGUCUCCUGCAUUUAAAACUUCAAGGCCUUAAAUAGUGUGCAGCACUAAACGGACUUAUCGUCACUAUGUUACGCGUGUGUUGCUGUGAAUGGUGCAUUGUUUUAUUUAAGAAUAUUAUCUGGAGUACUUAGAUUUUUUUUUCUGGUGUAUAAUCCAAUAAGGAGAAGAUGGGAGUGUUGGCACUGAAAUGUCGUGUUUUAUGUUCAAUAAAAAUAUAUUUUAUUGAAUGCCCAAGAA